UAGAAGACGCUUCGUCCCUCAUCCGAGAGUCUUCGUCAGUUCUGAUCUCCAGAGGGGAAAUUCAGGUGCAGCACAAGGACAUAGAAGUUUUACUGUAUAAACUCACCUUUUAGUGGAAGUUCCCCUUUAAGAGCUCCUCGUCGCGUCGACACAUCUUUCAUCGUGAAGGAGAGAUGUUUACCUGCCACACCUGAGCGAGCCCGGUCCGCUGGAGGGAAGUUGGCGUUCAUUAGGGAAGUAGAGGUCGACCACGCUGCGGUUCAACCACUUCCUACUUUCUGACUCUCAUUCACAACUCUGACUUCAUUUCCUCCCGGUGCUCGAGUUGCUCUGUUUGACAGAGUGGAUUUAUUCAAAGCGAGGCGGCGAUGACGGACGGCUGAUGGAGAACGGACUCCUUUCAACGGCAGCAGAGAGGGAGCGACCGGGGAACCGCCCGCCCGAGCUGCUGUACCCGCAGGACGACGUGGCAGAGCGCCUGGCGCUCGGCGGCAGCGAUGACGCGCUGGCCAACGGCACGAAGGCCGACCUGCAGGCGGCCAAACGUCUCGCCAAACGCCUCUACAACCUGGACGGCUUCAGGAAGUCGGACGUGGCUCGACACCUCGGCAAGAAUAAUGAGUUCAGUCAGCUGGUCGCAGAGGAGUAUCUCAGUAACUUUAACUUCACGGGGCUGACCAUCGAUCAGGCGCUCAGGACGUUUCUGACCCGGUUCGCUCUGGUGGGAGAAAGUCAGGAGAGAGAGAGAGUCCUCGCUCAGUUCUCCAGGAGGUACAGAGAGUGCAACCCGGAGAGCCUGACCACUGAAGACAGCGUCCACACUCUGACCUGUGCCGUCAUGCUGCUGAACACAGACCUUCAUGGAAACAACGUGGGGAAGAGGAUGUCCAGCAGCCAGUUCGUCUCCAACCUGGAAGGUCUCAACGAUGGAAAAGACUUCCCCAAAGAUCUGCUGAAGACUCUGUACAGCUCCAUCAAGAACGAGAAGCUCCAGUGGACCAUUGAUGAAGAGGAGCUGAGGAAGUCCAUGUCGGAGCUGGCCGACGUCCGAACAGACUCCGCCUCCCACACCAUGAAGCGGCUGGGGAGUGGAGGAAACCCGCUGGUGGGCGUCGCCCAUCAGGCCGACGGCGAGCUGUACAAGAACGGCUUCCUGGUCCGCAAAGUCCACGCCGACCCCGACGGGAAGAGAACUCCACGGGGUAAGAGGGGGUGGAAGUCUUUCUACGCCAUGCUGAAGGGUCUGGUGCUCUACCUGCAGAAGGAUGAGUACCGUGCGGAGCGAGAGCUGACGGAGGAGGACGUGAAGAACGCCGCCAUCCAUCACUCUCUGGCCAUGAGAGCAGCCGACUACAGCAAGAGACCCAACGUCUUCUACCUGAGGACGGCCGACUGGAGGGUCUUCCUGUUCCAGGCUCCGUAA